AAAUAUUGAUUUUGUAGGAGAAAUUCCGAAAGAGCUUGGCAAUCUUGCAGAAGUGGAGAUAUUAUCAUUCUCAAAUAAUUCCUUGAUAGGAACUAUUCCUUCGCUUCUCUUCAACCUAUCUUCUUUAAUUUACACGGACUUCUCGAAUAAUAGCUUGAUCGGUAGCCUUCCAGACAACAUGUGUCAAUAUCUUCCUAAUCUUGAAGGUCUUUACGUGUCUCAUAAUCAGCUCACUGGUCCAAUUCCAAACAGUUUGGGGCAAUGUACAAUGCUUCGUUUUGUUUCGUUGGAGAUGAAACAAAUUCAGAGAACAUAUUCCAAGAGAAAUUGGGAACUUGACAUUAAUCAAUUAUCUAUUUCUUGGCUCGAACAAAUUGAAAGGUGGGAUACCAUACGAAAUUGGUAAUCUUCGUAAUCUAGAGAUUUUGCAACUUGAAUUUAACAGCCUAGUUGGCCCUGUCCCUGCAACUGUCUUCAACAUCUCAACAAUGACAAUACUUUCAGUUAUGGAAAAUGAACUCACGGGAAGUCUUCCAUCAACUACAGAGCUUCCAAAUCUUGAGAUGCUUUACUUGGCGGAUAAUAAUUUCAGCGGGCCAUUUCCCAGUUUCAUCACCAAUGCUUCCAAGCUCUCUGUUCUAAAUUUGGGACUGAACUCAUUCUCAGGCAUCAUUCCCAGUGCAAUUGGUAAUUUAAGAUAUCUUGAGUGGCUUGUCUUAUAUUAUAAUUAUUUCACAUCUUCUACUCAAGAUCUGAGCUUUCUUUCAUCUCUGACAAAUUGCACGAAUAUGAAACAUCUAGAAUUAACAGGAAAUCCAUUGAAUAGCAUCCUUCCAAGUUCCAUAGGAAAUCUUCCUCGUUCUUUGGAAAGUUUAUACAUGAAUGAAUGCAACAUUAGUGGCAACAUUCCCAAAGAAAUAAACAACUUAAACAACUUGAUAGAUUUACACUUGGAAGACAAUGAACUGAUUGGAUCAGUUCCUAUUAUGAUCAAUGCAUUGCACAAACUCCAAGGUUUGUAUCUUCAAAAUAAUAAAUUAGAAGGAUCCAUCCCUGAUAAUCUUUGUCAUUUGAACUCACUGGUUGAGUUGCAAUUGGAUGGUAACAAGCUUUCCGGUUCAAUACCUCCAUGCUUGGGUAAUCUCUCUACACUGAGAAGACUAUCAUUAGGCUUCAACAUGUUAACUUCUGUUAUACCCUCAACUUUGGGGAAGCUUAAGGAUAUCUUGUACCUGAAUUUGUCAUCAAAUUCCCUAAAUGCUUCUCUUCCCUCAGACAUUGGAAAUCUAAAGGUUGCAAUAAAUAUAGAUUUAUCAAGGAAUCUUUUGUUAGGUGAUAUUCCUCCUACUGUUGGAAGCCUAAGAAAUCUACAAUAUCUUUCCUUGGGCUAUAAUAAAUUACAAGGCUCCGUUCCCGAAUCAUUUGGUUACUCGAUAAGCUUAGAAUUUUUGGAUUUGUCUAGUAACAAUCUCUCAGGAGUUAUCCCAAAGUCUUUGGAGGCCCUCUUGUACCUCAAAUAUCUAAACUUGUCUUUCAACCAAUUAAGAGGAGAAAUUCCUACAAGAGGAUGUUUUGCAAACUUCUCAGCUGAAUCAUUUAUGGGGAAUUUUGCAUUGUGUGGUUCCCCCCAACUAAAAGUUCCACCAUGCAAAAGGACAACCCAUCAAAAAACAAAAGUUCUCCUAAUUGUCUUGCCACUAAGCACUGUGCUCACAUUAGUUGUCCUAGUUCUUUUAUUUGUAUUGUUGAAAUGACGAAAAAAGGGCACAAAGUUACCUAGUAUUGUCAACACGUCACCAGGAAAGUCAUGGAGAAGAAUUUCUUACCAUGAACUUGUGAGAGCAACAGAUAGAUUCAGUGAGAACAACUUACUUGGCAAGGGGAGUUUCGGUUCAGUUUACA